CACUGAACAUGUUUCUGCUCUGUCUGUGACCAGUUUUUUAACUGCAGACAUGCUUCCCAACUGAGAAAGAAAGAUGGCCAAUGCAGUAGCAUCCUUGACUUUCUCUCUGUUGUUUAUCUUCCUCUUCAAGGGCAGCCUCUGCAUCUGCGAUGGGACAGCAUGGACAAAAGUGGGGUGGGAAAUCUUCCCGGAAGAAGUUCACCAUCUCCAGGUUAAGACCUUCCGGCCUCAGUGUCCACCUCACCCUCUGACCAAGCUGUGCCGCAGCUUUGUUACCUGGGACAUAUUUCAGACUUGUCUACACUUCAUUUUUACUUUAGCACAAGCUCUCUUUUUAAUGAUGUCUGUUUUAUCUGUGCACUACCUGUGGAUGAAAUGGAAGAAGCACCAAAGAAAGAAAAAACAAGAUACUUUAGAUAAAGUUGAAAAUGAUCUAAAUACCUCAUCCUUCUAUGACAUUCACCAAAUGCUUUGCAAACUGCUGGCCAUCUCAUCAACAAUGAAAGAGUACCUGAACCAGGUGCCCCAGUGCUCUUCCUCUAAGAAAAUUAAGCAUCACAAAUUAAAGAAGAAUAGUGAAGAACCACCACAAGGUAAGAAAACUAAAGUCCAUCAGUUUUUAAAAACUCUCCCAAGAAACCCAGCCAAUAAUGAUGGACACAAGAUACCAACACAGGAAGCCUGAAGCCUGAGCCCUUUCCCAACAUCAGCUGAGGGAGAUGGCAUGCUCCCCAGCAGUCGUCUAUUUUGGACCAACUGAACCUAUGAUUUUAAGGAAUUUUCAUAGAACUCUCAAACUAGAUUAAUAGUAAUACAACCAUGAAAAUUAACUACAACUGCGAAUGCUUUGGUUUGAAAAUUAAUCAUUUUAAUUAAAGCUGAAAUUAAGACGUACUAAAUUAAAAACUAAUUUCUUAUACUUACUGAGGGGACUACCUUGGGGUAGAAUUGUAAAGGUGAAAAAUAAAGGA